GAAGUCGCAACACUUAGAACAGAGCAAGACAUGAUCUGGGAAUGGACAUGGUAGACCGAUCACUGUCUCUCAGUGUGAAGAACAGGACAGUAAAACAUAUUUAAAGCUGGAAGAUCAGUAGAGAAUCAAGAUGCCCGUGAACCAGUCUCGAUCCAGGGCGAGGGAGCGAAACAAUGUGCUGAACAGACCCGAGUUUAUGUCUCUAAAUCAGCCUUUAAAGAGCGGUAGCGCUGAAGCUCGCGGCACUGCGCGGAGGCCGUCGCAGAGACAGCAGCAAAGUCAACACCAGCCAGGCGAAAAUGCGCAGCACGAGACGCCCGAGAACAAUAAAGAAAAGAAGGAAUUACCAGAAGAAGACUGCAUGCAGCUAAACCCCUCGUUCAAAGGCAUCGCUAUGAACUCUCUUCUGGCCAUUGAUAUUUGUAUGUCUAAGCGGCUCGGUGUGUGCGCGUACAGCACAUCGUCUUGGGGAAGCGUGCGCUCUAUGGUAAAGCUGCUCGCGCUCACUGGCCAUGGCAUCCCGUGGAUCUUCGGUACAAUUUUGUGUCUCACAAGAAGCAACACGUUGGCAGGUCAAGAGGUUUUGGUCAAUUUGCUACUAGCUCUUUUACUGGAUGUGAUGACUGUAGCGGGCAUGCAGAAGUUGGUGAAGCGUAAAGGGCCUUGGGAAAUGGCACCCAGUUUCCUCGACUACCUGGCCAUGGAUAUUUAUUCUUUCCCUGCAGCGCAUGCAAGCCGAGCAGCCAUGGUAUCUAAAUUCCUGUUAGCACACUUGGUGCUUGCAGUUCCUCUGCGUAUUUUGCUUGUGUUAUGGGCCGUCCUAGCUGGCACAUCCCGUGUGUUCCUGGGUCGCCACCAUCUGACAGAUGUCGGCUGUGGUUUUGCCUUGGGAUUCCUUCAUUACAGUUUAGUAGAGAUGGUGUGGCUGUCGUCCAACACUUGCCAGACUCUAAUAUCCAUAGGAACAUUCAACUGGAGCCCCCUCUACUGAUAGUUGCGGGAUUUCAAAAGUCGCUGCAUGAUUUAUUGUUUUGACAGUUCAGGUUAAGUGCCCUCCGCCAUAUAGUGCAUGACAGUAACAUGUACUAAGAAAAAAACAUUACCCUAAGCAGCACACCCAUUGGCUUGAUUUAACCAUUUCUUGAUCCAUUUCUGCCAAAGCAAUAUAACGUUUGGAGAAACGCUCCAAAAGCAUCAGGUGCACAGUUAUUCCUUUCGCUUUAAGAGAAAGGAUGUUGAUGCAAGUAUUAUUAUUAUUUUUUUUACUGUCAGGUUUGAUUAAAGGCCAAAUAAUGUGUGAUUUAUAUCAAUCAACUAAUGGAUUUAUUGAUUACAGUGAGCGAAACAUUUGCUCAGGGACUUUAUCAAGCAGCAUAAUGAAUCAUUUCAGAUUUCUAUUUUCUUGGAAUUGUAUGUAAUUUUCUGAAUAUUUACAAUGUAUUUGAGAAAUGCUGUAAAUUAAACCACUGUUUUACAGGACAUCAUGGAUAAUUUGAGACUUUUUGGACUGUUUUGGUUGUCUGGAGUUUUAAUUCAGUUGUAUUUCGAUACUCUGAAUGCAUCACAUUUAUAUGAAUGAAAUUACUUUGCAUUCAUACUAAACAUUACAAGCACAUUUUCCACUUUUACCAAAAUUCGCAGUGUUAUUUAUAUGAAAUUGUAUGUUUUCAAUUGCUGCAAGCCCCAGAUGUGCCAUUUUGUAUGAUUUUCACUGCAGUGUUCUGUGUCUAUGGGCCUUCCAUAAAUAAAAGAAUCCUUUCAAUGAA